CAUCUUCCGGCUCCUGAGUCCACUGGUACGGACGAGGAAGCCCACCCGGGGCUGCUGGGGGCGCGGCCGCGGGGCACCUGGACCAGAGGAGUUGGCAGGUGAGGGGCUCCGGAGCUUACCAGGAGCCCCGGGGUCUGCGCCGGACUGGGCGCCGCGGCCGGGCGGGUCACGGGCCUGGAAAGAACCGGAACGUCUCGUUUCGCUGUCCGUCUGCGGCUUUCCGGGCUCCGGACUACACUCCCCAUCGGCCCCCGCGGCGCGCCCUGCUGUCGCCGCCUGUUGCCGCCAGGGCUCAUGGCCCGGGUCCAUGGACCCCUUAGGUCUGUCAUCUCAGGACUUUGCCCUUCCCCAAGAGACAAACCAAGAGGAGGACGCAGCAGCCCGUGAGAUCCUGACAGUCAUGUCCCUCGUGAGUUUUCAACUCAUGGGUCAGACUUAUUCAGGGAUGUGGCCAUAGUCUUCUCCCAAGAAGAAUGGGAACAGCUGGCACCCACUCAGAGGGAUCUGUACAGAGACGUGAUGUUGGAGACCUAUAGCAACCUGGUCUCACUGGGUCUUGCCGUUUCCAAACCUGAUGUGAUCUCCUUCCUGGAGCGAGGCAAAGAGCCCUGGACGGUGGAGGAAGUGGCGACAGGAGGCCUGUGCCCAGUACUGAAGUCCAGGUAUGAUACUACAGUAUUCUCUCCAAAGCAGCACAGUUAUGAAGUACAAUCACCCCCGUGGAAGAUAAUGAAAAGCCUUACAAGUUACGGUCUUGAUUGCUCAAGUUUCCAAGAUGAUUGGGAAUGCAGAAGUCAUUCUGACAGGGAAGAGGAAAAUCCAGAUGGACAUCUGAGUCAAAUGAUAAUCAAUAAUGAAGAAAUAUCCACUUUUGGCCAGCCAGCACCCCUUACUUUUUAUCAGAAAAUUCAUACCGGAGAAAAACCCUAUGGAUAUAAUGAAUGUACAAAAGACUUCUGGCAAGAGGACUUCUUUAUUAAUCAUCAAGGGAUUCAGACUAAUGAGAAACCCUACAAAUGCAAGGAAUGUGGGAAGGCCUUUAAAUAUGGUUCACGACUAAUUCAACAUGAGAAUAUUCAUUCUGGCAAAAAACCGUAUGAAUGUAAGGAAUGUGGAAAGGCCUUCAAUUCUGGUUCAAAUUUCAUACAACAUCAGCGAGUUCAUACUGGUGAGAAACCUUAUGAAUGUAAGGAUUGUGCAAAGGCCUUUAGUCGAAGCUCACAGUUGAUUGAACAUCAACGAAUUCAUACUGGUGAGAAACCCUAUCAGUGUAAGGACUGUGGCAAGGCUUUCAAUCGGAUCUCACAUCUUAAAGUGCAUUACAGAAUUCAUACUGGUGAAAAACCCUAUGCAUGCAAGGAAUGUGGGAAAACGUUUAGUCAUCGUUCUCAGCUGAUUCAACAUCAGACUAUUCACACCGGCAAGAAACUCUAUGAAUGUAAAGAAUGUGGGAAGGCUUUUAAUCAAGGCUCAACUCUUAUUCGACAUCAGAGAAUUCACACUGGUGAGAAACCCUAUGAAUGUAAGGCAUGUGGGAAGGCCUUUAGGGUGAGCUCACAGCUUAAGCAACAUCAGAGGAUUCACACAGGAGAGAAACCCUACCAAUGUAAGGUAUGUGGUAGGGCUUUCAAACGGGUCUCUCAUCUUACUGUACAUUACAGAAUUCAUACAGGUGAAAAGCCAUAUGAAUGUAGGGAAUGUGGGAAAGCCUUCAGCCACUGCUCACAACUGAUUCAACAUCAGGUAAUUCAUACUGAGGAAAAGCCCUAUGAAUAUAAGGAACAUCGGAGGACUUUAAAUCAUGAUUCAGCUACCAUUCAACAUCAGAGAAUGCAUAAUAGACAAACACAAGUGAAUUUAAUAAAUGUAGAAAAGCCUUCCAUCAGCACUUAUCCUUUAUUAAUCAUCAGAGAAUUUAUGUUAGCAAGCAAUCAUAUGAAUGGAAAUAAUGGGAAGAGUCCAUUAGCUUAGGCUAAUCACAACUUACUCUUUAUAUCUUGAAGAAAGACUUGAAGGAUGUUAUGCAAGUGAGAAUUCCUUUAUUCACAGCUUUCUUUUAUCCUGAGGAAUAAAAUUCAUAUUGAAGAAAAAUUAUAUAAGGUUGGAGAAAAUUUUGUCUCUAACACACUUCAAAGUUACAUUUUCUCACCACAGUGUAAUAAUUUUAACAACAGCCAAAAGUGAAUUUUCUUGAAAAUUCAAAAACAAAACAUGCCAAAUUACUCCUGGGUUAACAAGAAACUAAAUCAUGCAGUUACCACUGAUAGUAAUGAAGACAAUGAGGAGGAGAGUUUGACAUGCCAAGAAAUGUGGGCUGUGGCUGAAGCUACUUGGGAAUUUUUUAUGCCUUUAAGUGCAUGCAAACAUGAAAAUCUGAAAGACAGAACUCAAAUAUAUUAAAUGUACUACUUAAGAAGCCAGAAAAGAGAAUACCAAACACCCUGAUGAUAAAUAGAAAACAAAGGCAGAAAAUGAUGAUACAGAAAGUAGCUAUCCUACUUUCUCUCCUAAGGCUUCCUAGGUGGCUCAGUGGUAAAGAAUCCACCUGCCAAUGCAGGAGCUGCACGAGACUCAGGUUCCAUCCCUGAGUCGGGAAGAUCCCCUGGAAGAAGAAAUGGCAACUGGCUCCAGUAUUCUUGUCGGGAUAAUCCCAUGGACAGAGGAGCCUGAUGUGCUAACAGUCCAUAGGGUCACAAAGAGUCGGACACGACUGAGCAACUAAGCACACAUCCUACAAUAAUCUCAUUUUUUAUUUCUCUCUGAUCCAAGGAUAAUUAAGUUUAGGAGACUGUUCCUUAAUUUUCAGGUUGUUUGUUUGUAUUAUCUUUUAUAACUUGUCACAGACAGAACAGGUUGGUUGCCUACCUAGCAGCCAUAUUCAAUUCCCAUUCUAUUGGCAGCAUGUGUCUUGUCUUAGAAUCUGAAGAUGUCAGAUGCCAACUUUCAGCCUCCUCUGCAGCUCAAGAUGGCCCAUCCGUUCCAGUGUAUGGCCAGUAUAUUCUAAGGAUCUAUAGGGUCUUCAGAGAAAGAUCUUCCUUAUUCAGAAGAGACAGAUAUAUUAGGAAGACUCCCUCUUCUUUCAUUUCUUGCUUUUAAACAUUUUUUUCUGAGAACCUGAUGCCUGGAGCUGCUGCAGUCAUCUUGGAACCAAGAGCAGAAAAGAGAGGACCUCAAAGAAGCUGACCCAGAACCCUACCAACACAGAGUUACAGGGCUAAUUUGGAACUGUCUCUUUGAUGCUUUGUUAUAUAAGAAAAAUAAAUCUUUAUUGCUUAA